GGCUAUAGGUGACCUGGACCCGGACCCGGAGCCGGGACGUUCCCUGACGCCUUCUGCACCCCCGGGACGGCUGGAUGACCGCGAGUGGCUCGUCCAGGGCAGAGGAGCAAAGCCCCUGCCACCACCUCUGGACCCGGUGGGCGAGCCUGGGGAGCAGCGGAGCAGGCCCCCCUUCAUGCAGCACAGCGUGCCCCCGAUGACAGAGGCGGCGGCCAGGCGAGCCCUCCUGCGCUUCGUGGCCUCCCAAUGCUGCUACGGGAGCAGAGCCGCCGGAGAGCUGGCCAUCCGGCGGCUGCGGCGGCUGGGGACGUACCGAUAUCGACUGGAGACAUUCAGUGAGUCGAGGUUAAGCGAGUGGGCGUUCGAGCCCUUCACCAAGCCCGGAGCAGCUGGACCCCCCGGGGAUGCCCCCCUGGACCCCUGGGACGUGGAGGUCGGGCCCCCCCUGCUCUUCCAGGGCCAGACGCGGCGCUGCCGGGUGCCCGGCUCGGCACUGGUCAGGGACUGUCACAGAUGCCAUGGUCACGGCCGGUCCAAGUGCGGGGUGUGCCACGGGGCAGGUCGGACGAGGUGUGUAACGUGCAAGGGAUCCCGGCGGAGACUAAAGCAGCAGAAGAGAUGCCAGCUUUGUUCAGGUACAGGUCGCAAAAGGUGCAAUACAUGUUCUGGCCGGGGCAGCAAGACCUGUGUGACCUGUCGGGGAGAGAAAAAGCUCCAACAUUUCAAGCAGGUGGUGAUAAGGUGGAAGAACAAUGUCUUUGAAUUUGUUUCUGAGCAUCAUCUGAACUUCCCAAGAGAGCUGCUCGGCAAAGUCAGUGGAGAGAAUAUAUUUAAAGAUGAAAAUGUGGUGGUGUACCCUAUCAUCGACUUUCCUGAUCCUGAGAUCUCCCUGGCCUCACAGCGAGCCGUCGCAGAGCACAGCGCGGCGUUUGCCGUGUCCUCCCGCAUCCUCCGGCAGCGCCAAACAAUUGAGCUAAUCCCCAUCACAGAAGUUCACUGCCAGUAUUCAGGGAAGCCUUACCUCUACUACAUCUAUGGGCUCGAAAACGAGGUGCACGCGCUGGACUACCCCGAGAGGUGCUGCUGCGGCUGCACCGUCAUCUGAGCGCCAGUGCUGGGAGAAGAGCACGAUGACGGCAGCAAUCACCCAGCGACUGCCUGCGCCUGCGGGGACUGGGGAUGCUCCAGGACCUUCCCCACUGCACCAGUGCGGGACUGCAAACAAAAUGGACAAGGGGAGGAAAACCACGAUGCCUCUCCCUCCAAACCGCUUGUAUCUCAGAGCUGGGGCCAGCUCCAGGCCUCCCACCAGGUGCAGGAUCAGGCCUUUGGGUAAAGAUUUCCCCCUGUGGAUGUUUUCCUUUCUUGUUGCAAUGCUGUAUCGUUAAAGUGAUGCAUAUUGACAGUGA